AUGGAUAACACGGAACCACGUUCCACCUCUUCCCAGGCUGUGCAAACCGAGGCCAGCUCCCCAGUUAUUGCAACUGCUGCCUCUGUUGUAGCUGCUACUGCUGUGUCUGUCACCCCCGCUGGUGCUCAGAACCAGGUCUCAUCGUCUGCCGCUCAGACUUCGACUGCUACUCAGACUCCAGCUACCUCUUCUUCGGCUCCUGUAGUCGCCCAGUCUGCCAUAGCUGGCACUUCAUCUAACGAUAAUCAGCAUGGUAAUCUCAUCUGCCAGUGGGGUUCCUGUCGAGAAAUUUUCGAGAACCCCGAUGAGCUCUAUACUCAUCUGUGUGAUGUCCAUGUGGGGAGAAAAUCAACCAACAAUCUUUGCUUGCAGUGCCACUGGGGUACCUGUCGGACCACUACCGUCAAAAGAGAUCAUAUUACUUCCCAUAUCAGGGUCCACGUCCCUCUCAAACCCCACAAGUGUGAAAUCUGCAGCAAAUCGUUCAAGAGACCACAGGACCUCAAAAAGCAUAUCAAAACCCAUGCCGACGACUCUGUUUUGAUCCGGAGCCCAGAACCAGAUCCCACCCGUCGUCCCCCCGGUGGCCGGGGCCUUCAGCAAGCUCCACACUACGCCGCUGUUCCCCAGCAGUACGUUCAGACGUCCGUCGCACCAGCGUACGGCCUAAACGGCUACUAUCCCCAACCAACGGCUUAUGCGGCACCAGCUAGCGCUGGAUUCUACGGCGGCGGUGGCCACACCCAUGACCCCCUCCAAGGUUUGCCCCGUAAGAGGGCUGCCUUCGACGCUGAGAUGUCACAGUUCGUAGACGACGUGAAACGCCAAAAGUAUGGUCCUGGCUAUACCCCCGAGGUUGCCCACCGCCUUGCUAGUCUUCACAGUUUGGCGAGUAGCGUGGCUAUUGAGUCUGCAGCUGCCUCGGCCCACCACCACCUGGACUAUCACCCCGCUCCGCUUGCCACCGUCUCCGCAACUCACGGGCCACAUUUCCAUUAUCAGCUACCCACACCUGGGCCUAUGGUACAUACUAUGCACAAGAAGGCUGACCUGCUCGAGGCGGACAACUUCCUCACCCAGCUAUCCAGUAGUCUCUAUGAAAGCCCGGCGGCAGCGGCAGCGUCAGGGAUUUCUCAACCCGGUGUCCAUUACACCACCACCGGCGUCUCUCCCUAUAACAGAACACCAUCUUUACCCCCACCAAGCCCACACACUUCCUCAGGACACCCGACGCCUUCUGUUCACCAAAACAGCCCCACACCCGUUCUCACUCCUCCAACUUCUUAUACUUCUCACUCCCCAGCUUCCACCCAUAUGUCAAGUAUAUCCACUGGUGUAAGCUAUCCGAAUCUUCCUGCCCACACGACAACCGGGGACACGCUCCCUAGCGUCACGGCCUCCACGCUAGCUGCGUCUUUCGAUGCCGAUCAGAGACGCCGGUAUAGUGUCGGAGUUCUUCAGAAGGCUCCCCCGCCGCAAGAUGCAAUGGAAAUCGAUUCUGAAGAGCAAAUUACACUGGAAGGAUCCGAAGGGACCAGCGGUCGCAACAGUGCCAGAUCUAGCAUUGAUGUUUCUAUGAUUGAUCCAAGCCUGGAAGACCAUACACCAUCGGCGACACCUCAGAAUAAGAAACACUCGGGGCCGGAGGAUAUCCUUUCGCGAGUCGAGGCUUUCAGCGUCAUCAAAAAAUUACGCGAAGAAAUCCAGGCUGCAUUGCAAAAAAUAAAAGAUAGUUCCGAAGAUGUAGAGCUGAGGGACGAACCCGAUAGUGAAUCUCCUGUUUCAUAUCCUGAGCUGCCAACUCAGAUGUCGUCUGUCGAAGCCUCUGCGUGA